GUCACGCGCGCAUCGUGUCCGCCGUUACCGCCCGCUUUAAUCUCGUAUCUCUGAUCGCAUCGACACUGCUCGUAGCUCGUAACGACGAUUGGCCCUUAGAUUGGCUCGGUCGCGUAAAAUGUGCAUCGUAUUAUUCCGAUGGUUUGAGGAUAAUGUUGCAGCAGCAUGCACGCCGCAGAAACACAAUUUUCAAUGUGGUAAUUGAGAUGAAAUCGAACGAUCAUAAACAUAGUUUUUGAUUUAAAAAUAACGUGUUAUUUUAAAAAUGUGUAUACAGUUCGUUUUUUUUUAAUUGAGGUGUAGUGAUAGCUUUGUCGUUUCAUAUAAUAAAAAAUAAAUAUGUGUAUAGUGUGGCAGACUAGGACGUUAGGAAUGAAGGUGUAGCAUCACUAAAACUCAAAAGCAGCGCCAUGAUUACUACAAGAAUAGCUCGUGCGUGGACUUGGAGCCUGGCUUUCGUGUUGAUGGUAGCGGUGUGGGCCCGCGGAGCGGCCGGUGGUUGCGGCGUGGCAGAAUUUCCAUGCCGCAGCGGUGCUUGCGUACGUCUAGAUGCUUAUUGUGAUGGCGAAGCACAGUGCUCGGACGGCAGCGAUGAGCCGCCUCACUGCUCCGUGUGCAACCGAACGUACUAUGGACGCAUAGGGGUGGCGUACGGAGUGGCGCUCCGGGGAGCACCACGAGCGCCGUUUUUGUGUCACCUCACGUUCACAGCCGGGGGUGCUACGCACGGUGAUUUAGUCCAACUUGCUUUCGACGAGUUUCGAGUUGGUCGCUAUGAACAAGGUGCCCUAGAUGGAUGUCCGGAUGGCUACAUGCAACUUUCGGAGCUGGGCCGGCCCUUCACGGGCGGCUCGUGGUGUGGUUCAGCUGAAGGUGUAGCGUUGUACUACAGUGAAACGGCAACGGUCACCGUCUCAGUUAAGUUAUUUCGCGCACGUCUCGGAGAACCUUUUGGAUUCCGGCUUCGGUACAAGUUCCUCGCUCAGCGCGAUGCCAUUGUAAGGUUUGGAGCUCUGGAGGCGCCCCUGGAGCGCGGUGCCGUGUCCCCGGGUACGUACUGCACGCGGACGUAUGAGGAAUGCCAUCGUAAAUCGUGUCGCUUGCAAAGCCCUAAUUACCCCGGCAUGUAUCCGAGAAACGUGACAUGCUAUUGGAGUCUGCGUCAAAAGGAUAUUCCUACUUGUAAACAUGCAAUGAUAUCCGUACGCCAGGAAUACUCUCAUAAAAUGCAAAUCAAACGUUCAAUCUCGAUGGCCAGCUUAAACAAGACAGGUCGCGCGGUGCGUGCGUGGCGGGAGUGUACGGGAGAGCGAGACAGGUUGAUUUUUUACGACGGCGCAUCGACCGACGAUCCCGUGCUAGUAGAGUACUGCGGAGGAGACUGGCUGCCACCCGUGACAUCACGCGGCCCUGAGAUGCUCGUGGCUUUCCACUCGUCUCCGUUCAGCGCACCGCCGCGGGCCACCACUCCUCACGCUCCCCUCCGAGGAUUUGAACUCGACGUCGAUAUUAUAUUUGCCGAUUCAGAUUCCCUAGAUUACGCUAGGGAAGCGCGACGAUGUGAAUUUCAUGUGAAGGCUUCAUCGUCAGAAGAGGAGUUAAACGCGACAGCUAUAAACGUAAGAGGGCGCCGCGGGCGCUUACAUGCUCCUACGCACACCCUCCCACCAAACACUUCUUGCACCUGGACAUUUCAUGGACGGCCAGGCGACCUAGUUUGGGUUUAUUUCUCAAGUUUCACACAAUAUUCGUUAGUGGAAGCGCGCCGAACAGAAAGUAGUGAGCGUGAGGAAGAAGGUGCAAUGACUGUAGCGCCACGUCAAAUGCCUGAGUACGCACGGAAGGCCGAUACAGGUGGCGCUUGUGCUGUAGAAUUGCGUAUUUGGGAUGGUGGCGGUGCAGGUGAAGCUGCGGCGCUCUUAGGACGUUACUGCGACUCGACACCAUCUCUUUGUGCACGAGCUGCACUAGCUAAUGCAACACGCUCCCCUCGUCCAUGUGCGCCGCCUGAUGGUUACGUGUCGGCCUCCGCGCUACUCUCCCUCGCUGCGACGACGCUCCCCGGCACUGCGACCCAUCCGCUUGCCUUCUCGAUGCAUUACGAGUUUGUGGACUCUCGUCUUGAAGGUGCUGCUUUACCAAUAUCAGAAACACGCGUGCGCGUUGAACCAGCUGAGUGUGCAAGACGGUUGACAGUACCGGGAGCGUUUGCUUCACCUCGAAAUGCUCUAUGGUUCGGACGUGGGGGAGCGCGCAGGCUUCGAUGUCUGUAUAGAUUGCAAGUUGAAAGCGCACAUAUCGAACUACGUCUUUUGGCCGCUGCAUUUGGACGCGAGCCACGUUGCACCACCCGGCUCGAUUCACUGACCGGCCGAACAGCUUGCGUUCCUGAUCCGAUCGAUUCACUAGACUUACGCCCUAGUGACUCACCACUUGAUUUCGAUGACGAUGAUACUCCAUUACGUGUACCGCAUUUACGAAUUUAUGAAUCACCUUGGCCUGGAUACAGGGUACCGGUUGGGUGUAUAUGUGACAAUGCAAGUGCACCGCUAGCGAUUUCUUCGGGAGGGCCGGCGCUUGAGCUGGAGCUAGUCGCUGUAUCACUCGCGGCUAGUGAGGACCAUCGUCAUGUCCACUUUCGUGGUGAAUGGGCCCGUGCACAAUCCGCGUCAAAUUGCGCCAGUCGUCGCCGUCUUCCUCCGCCUGGACAUCGCGUUCAUCUCGUAUACCCUUAUAAUGGAAACAAAAUAUCAGAGUGUGGCGAAGCACCAUUUCUACUGGUAGCUCGUGGAAACCGCUCCGUAUUUUUGCGUAUUUGGGGCGAGGAAUUGCCGGCCACUGCUCCUACAUCUGAUGCUCCUCUGUGCCACACGGUUAACCGUAUUCUUGUUUAUGAAGCACAUUCCUCACGGCUCGUAAAAGCAGUAUGUCCUGGUGGAGAAGAAGCACGAGCGGUACAAGUGUUUACGGAAGAGUGGUGGGCUCGGGGCGUCGGUCGUGAGGCCGCCUUGCUCGUCGUGUGGUCUGCGCGCGAGGCUGGCUCGGCGCGGUUUGCUUGGAUGGAGGUGUGGCGACCUGCGGGUGCAGGUUCAGCCGGAGUUAGCGGAAACGGGUCAUCGUGUGCUCACGAAUGUACUGCUCUGGGUGCUUGCAUGGCAGGUGCUCUGUGGUGUGACGGCACCGUCGACUGUCCCGGGGGAGGAGAUGAAGCGGGAGCUUGUGGCGCUGGCGCAAGACUUUUAGCUGCGUUAGGGGCGCCUGCAGCUGCGGGUGCUGCAGGAGCAGCAGGAGCGGUAGCGGUAUUGGUACUGUUGGCCGCCGUUGUAUUGCGAAAACGUCGUUCUCGACGUGACAAGCGCCUACUGGGCGCAUUGGCAGCGGGGCGACGUCUGACUGAGGAGUUGUUGUACGACGCCUCGAGGGCUUCUUCAGUAGCAUCCUCUUGACGUCGAGAGCGCUCCGUCGAGUACAUUCAUGUGGAUCGCGAGACUACAGUGUGACGGAGCGCCAGAGCUGUGCACUCACGCCUCGCCCUCAUCGCUUGCAACCCUUCGUGGCUAUGUGGUGCGUUGGGACGUUUGUGAUAAAUAGCCGAAUUUAAUAGGGCCAGUAAGUUGGGAGUCGGUGUGAGUGGAUAUUAGUGACUUUAAACCUCAUAGUGUUCGCACUCGAGAUGGCCAAUUUCGAAAACGUCACUGCCGACGAAAUUAUCUUAGUGUAUUCGAAUACUUUAAGCGAUGGCGAUCCCACUUCAUGUAAUUUGUGUUGUAUCAAUAUGAGACCGUAUAUACGAAAUGUGAGGAUUAGUAAAUAUGAUGUAAAUAAUUGUACAGAAAUAAUGUGCGAAAGCUUCUUUCCUAAUGAGACUGUUUUGUAUUUGUGUUACUCUGUAGUGGCAGUGUGUGCGUAGGAGCGCGAGCGCCUGCUCUUACGCGCUCCCGCGGUCGGCGCGGUUGAGAGACAGUUGGGUCACGACGGACUUCUGUUUCGUUGUUAUUGUUUUGAUGUAUAUUCUAUGGUGUUUUCGAUGAUCUAUCCCGUCCCUCGUUUUCAUUAAGUUGU